AUGUCAAUGGUCAUGCUGUUUGACUCCAUUGUCAGAGUAGAGUUUAUCUGGUAUUGGCUGGAUGAAAAUGGCAAGUGGAUUGAGUAUGGCCAACAGAACUCUAAGCACUGUGCGGCCUCAAUAUCAUCCUCUGAAUUAGAGACUAUUUUCCUAACUGACUGCAGAGGAGCUGUGUUCUUCCAGGCUGGGACUCAGUUAUAUACAUUGAAUUUUCAAGAGAUGGUUCAGAGAAAUGUGUACUACCAAACACAGAGGAGAGUCUGCAGGUGGCCCCGACUUGUAUUUUUCGGAGGUAGACGCAAAAGCGACAAGAGCUGCCGUUUUGAAUCUUCUUUUCCUUUCCACUUGUUUCCUUCAACCUGGGAUCAGUCAGCCCUUCCUAACAUAGGCUAUAAGUUGGUAGAGGUCUCUGUUUCUUCAGAAGAGUAUCAUGAAAUCAAGAUGCUUUUUGAGAAGACAAUGGAAGAUUGUAUUAUACAUAGACUUCAAAGAAUUCAGAAUCCUUCUCUCUGGCAAGUCUUUCAGUGGCAAAAAGAGCAGAUGAAGAAGUUGAAUAAAGGAAAGGAAAUUGAAGAACGGCUCUUGUUUCAUGGCACUAGCACAUCUCACCUGUAUGACAUCUGUGGGCAAAACUUUGAUUGGAGAAUUUGUGGCACGCAUGGAACACUAUAUGGAAAAGGAAGCUAUUUUGCCAGAGAUGCCUGCUACUCGCACGCAUACUGCAAGUCGAAGAGACAUGCAAAGACCAUGUUUGUAGCUAGAGUCCUGAUUGGAGACUAUGUCCAAGGAAAAGCUUCUUAUGUCCGCCCUCCUCCUAGAGAUAACCAAUCAAACAGCUUCUAUGACAGUUGCGUGGACGAUGUUCUGAAUCCUUCUAUUUUUGUCAUCUUUGAGAAGCACCAGAUUUACCCAGCCUACGUUAUUGAGUAUGGGGAGCUGUCCCAAUGUGUGAUCAUGUAAAGGCGGCAAUUUUUUG